AACAUUUUUUUUUCAGAUAAAUAUUUUUCAAUGAAAGGUUGAACCUACCUUGUAUAUCUUGCAAAAAGGAAAAUGAUGGUUCCUGAGAUUGCACUGUCACAUCCUCCUGAGGAUGGAGUCACAUCUGUCACAUUUGGACCUUCUUCUUCCAAGUACCUUCUGGUGUCUUCAUGGGACUGCUCAGUUCGCCUAUAUGAUCCUGUAGCAAACUCCCUCAAAUGCAAAUACACCCAUUCUCGUCCUGUGCUGGAUUGCUGUUUUCAGGAUGCAGUUCAUGCCUACAGUGGGGGACUCGACAAUACACUCAAAAUGUAUGAUCUCAAUACCUCUUGCGAAAGUAUUAUAGGGACACAUGAAGAUGCAAUUAGAUGUGUUGAAUUUUGUCCGGAUGCAAAUGUGGUUGUCACUGGCAGCUGGGAUUCAACUGUGAAACUCUGGGACCCUCGAAGCAAUGUUCUCAGUGGCUCAGCACAGCAACCAAAUUUAGUGUACACAAUGGGUCUGGUUGGUGACAAGUUGGUUGUUGGUACAGCAGAACGUAAGGUGCUUGUAUGGGACCUCAGAAAUUUGAACUAUGUUCAAAAGAAAGAAUCCAGCCUCAAGUAUCAAACACGAUGCAUACAGUGUUUUCCAAAUGGCCAGGGAUAUGUGCUGAGCUCAAUUGAGGGAAGGGUGGCUGUUGAGUACCUGGAUCAGAGUCCAGAAGUUCAGAAGAAGAAGUAUGCUUUCAAAUGCCACAGGAUCAAGGAAGAUGGCAUCGAGAAGAUCUACCCAGUGAAUGCUAUCAGCUUCCAUCAGCAGUUCAACACAUUUGCCACUGGUGGGUCAGAUGGGUAUGUAAAUAUAUGGGAUGGCUUCAACAAGAAGAGGCUGUGCCAAUUUCACCGAUAUUCAACUGGAGUCACCUCAUUGUCAUUCAGUCAUGAUGGGACCUUACUGGCAAUAGGAGUGUCAUACAACUACGAACUGGAUGAUCCACCAGAUCCAAUGCCAGAGAAUGCCAUCUACAUUAGAUCUGUUACAGAGCAGGAGACAAAGCCCAAGUAAAAGACUUGAACAAUCUGUUGUGACCUGGGUCUGUGUCGGCUCAUUCCUCGCCUCCCUCCGUGUUAUGGGAAGGGUUCCCAUUGUGGAAGAUGAUCCAAUUUUAUCCCUUUUUUUCCAUCUUUUACAUUUUUUUCUUCGAUAAGAUGUGAACAAGAUUCCAUGCUUUUCCUUCAAGAUGACAUGCAACUUUUAUCAUGAAUCCAUCUGAUAAAUUUGUGUGGAGUUUCCCCAUGGUAGGCCUGUUGCAAAUGCACUAUCAUUCUUAAAAAAUAAAAUUACUAUUGCUCUGGA